CGACGGGUCCUCGUUCAUCGAGCGACCGUGAGUGCUCUCAACGCAGUCAUAAUCUUCUCCAGGAGUCGUGUGACCAUUUCUCCGGUGCGCCCACUGAGUUUCCCCGUGACAACAGUUCUGAGUCGCUGCUUCGAUCUCCCUACGCUAUUUCUCGAGCUAUAGGAAUCGUUCGCGAAUCGGACCCCGGUGUAACUCCGAGGUUUAUCCAUCCGCUCCUCCCCUCGAAGACGUCGAUCCGACAGUGACACGCGGAAGGAAACUCAUCUACGGCGUCAAACGCUGAAAGACGUGAAUCACUCUUGCCGGGGCAGGUUGUGCUGCGCUCGGGAAUUCCUGGGUGUUCUAAUCGAGACAACUUCCUAAGGCUACCGUGGCAUUCUCCGAUUUCCGCUCAGAACUGACGGCGGACAUGAGUCUGGAGGCGCCGAAGACUCGAUAGAUUCUGCGGGAGAAGGUGUAGCGGAAGUCAGCCCCGAGCGAGCUCGGACAUUCGAAUCGUGAUGGAGCUUCUGAGAAACAUCACCUUCUGCCCCCAGAACGAAUCCCUCUGGACGGUAUGGGAGGACCACGGACUUUCGCGAUGUUUCUCGUACACCCUGACGUCUUCGCUACUGGCUCUAUGGAUCACAAUGGGUGGAUUGAGCGAGUGGUGGAUAUACAGAAAAUACGGGAAUCAAAUCGAACGGCGCGUCCUCGUCGCAAAGCCGGUAUACACGAUCCAACUUCUGCUUGUCUGGUUGCUCAUCUUUCUCGUGAUUGGACAACUUGUCAUUGACUUCCUCCGACUGGACGGCCAGAGCUUAUACGGCUUCAAUAUACUCUGGAGCGCUUUGAUGUGUUUCUCCUGGCUCCUGUCGCUGUAUUUGGUUCACCUAGAACGAUGCUUCGGCCUCCCCAGCGUUCCGACAGGAGGCCACGGUCUGAUCCUGCUCAUAUUCUGGACCGGGGCUCUGGUAGCCGACACCAUCCUCCUCGUCAAUCUCAACUCCCCGGUGUGGUUCUUCCACAUGGCGAGCCACAAGGAUCAGAUGCUGCUCGCGUUAUACGUCUCUCGCUUCUUCAUCACUUUGUGGCUUUUCCUUCUCGGCCUCAAAGCUCCCGGCAUGCCGCGACAAGAGGACUAUCUCUUGGGGGCGGGCAUCCCUUACACGCUACACGUCCGCGACAACUCGAUGUCGACUUGGUCGGGUUUCGGGAGGAAAAUGAGACGUUUGCUUCCGUUCCUAUGGCCGAAGGGGAAUUGCAAGCUACAGCUGGCGGUAUUUUUCUGCUUCGUGAUUCUGGUCGCGGGUAGAAUCCUCACGCCAAUUUCACCGAUAUUGCUCAAGAAAAUCGUCGACGGUCUCGGCGUGAUGCCCGGCCACAAGCGAGAGUUCCUCUGGCAGGAUAUUCUCGCCUACAGCUCGUUGAUCCUGGUUGUUCAGGGAUCCAACAGUCUUUUUUCGAACCUGAGGAACAUACUCUGGAUCAGAGUUCAACAAUUCACCACCAAGUACACCCAGGUGAAGCUCUACGAGCACCUGCACAGUCUGUCUCUGAGUUGGCAUCUAUCCAGGAAGACAGGCGACGUGCUCAGAGUGCUCGACCGUGGAACCCAAAGCGUCAACAGCUUACUGUCUUACAUGUUAUUCCAAAUUUUCCCGGCAAUAGCUGAUACCCUGAUUGCAUUCGGAUAUUUCACUUACGCGUUCAAUCUGUGGUUCGGUCUCAUUGUUCUGUUUUCAAUCGUGAUAUACUCGACUCUAACUAUCAGCAUCAGCGAAUGGAGAACCAAGUUCCGUCGCGAGAUGAACUUGUUGGAUAACGCAGCUCAAGCGAAAGGCGUCGAUGCUCUCUUAAAUUUCGAAACGGUCAAGUACUAUAACGCGGAAGAAGUCGAGGUGAGGGAAUACGCCAAUUGCGUCGAUGAAUACCAAAAAGCGGAAUGGAAGACGUCUUUCUCGCUAGCUUUCCUCAACAUCCUCCAGAGUCUCACCGUGAACGCGGGAUCCGUGACAGGAUCGCUCUUGUGUGCGUACAUGGUCUACAAAGGUGACAGCGGAAUGACAGCCGGUGAUUUUGUUCUCUUCAUCGCCUAUAUCAGUCAAAUGUACACUCCCUUGAACUUCUUAGGCACAUAUUAUAGAGUUAUUCAGAAAUCAUUCAUCGAUAUGGAGAACAUGUUCGAGCUCUUGGACCAUCAGCCGGACGUCGUCGACCACCACGGCGCCAUCGAUCUCAAACUCGAUCAGGGUCAAAUCGAGUUCCGGGACGUGUGUUUCUCGUACAACAACGAUCGGCCGAUCUUGAAACAGGUCUCGUUUGUCGUGCCUCCCGGUCACACCGUAGCCUUCGUAGGGCAAACCGGUGCCGGUAAAAGUACACUCGUACGACUCUUGUUCCGCUUCUACGACGUGAAGUCGGGCACCAUCCUGAUCGACGGACAAAACAUCGCAUUCGUGAAACAGAAGUCCCUGCGGUCCCAUAUCGGCGUCGUUCCGCAGGACACGGUCCUGUUCAAUUCUUCAAUUCUUGAGAACAUUCGUUACGGUCGACCGUCGGCCACUGACGACGAAGUCAUCGACGCUGCGAGAUCCGCCGAAAUUCACGAUAGUAUUCUGCAGAUGCCAAAUAAGUACGAAACUGUCGUCGGUGAGCGGGGCCUCAAGCUGAGUGGGGGUGAAAAGCAACGAGUCGCCAUCGCCCGGACUAUCCUGAAAGCUCCCUCAAUAAUAAUCCUCGACGAGGCGACGUCGGCUCUCGACACUCGCACUGAACGCAGGGUUCAGAAGGCGCUUUCGGAAAUCGUGAAAGGCAAAACCACCAUCGUCGUGGCUCAUAGGCUCUCCACAAUCGUGAAGGCCGAUCAGAUCAUUGUUUUAGAGGACGGCGAGAUCGUAGAACAAGGAAACCAUAAGGAGCUUCUCAGUCUGAACAAAAAAUACGCGGCCAUGUGGUUCCAGCAGCUGGAAGAGGAGCGUCAGAUCAGUGAAGCGGAGCGUCGAAUCAGUGAAGCGGAGCCGGGACCAUCCGGUAUCAAAGACGAGACAUUGUGAUUUCUAGAUGCAUUAUAAAGGAAGUAGAAAAAAUGAGGUCCUGCUGCUCAAGACCUCCUACGCCUACUAUCUAUGUAUUCGCUCGCUCAGCGCUUCUAUCGCGAGUUUCCCUGAAAUAUCAGGAGCCUGUUGUUGAAUGUAAAGAACUCUUGUCAUUUUGAAGAAAU